UUUUGGGCAAACUCAACCCUACUGGCGCUAUUCUUAUGAAUUUUUACAGUUGAUCAGACACACUCAGAUCAGUCCGUCCACUGAAAAAUCCUACGAAGGUGAGAACUGAAUGUAAAUGCUCUCAUUUUUAGGAGCUGCUUUUCGAAAGCCCCUGCACAUUUUGAAUCUGGUGUUGUUUAUUUUUAUUGUUUUCUGAUUUUCGAGGAAAUGAACCAAAUUUAUAUACUGCGAAGAGGCUGAGGAGACGAUGGCUAUGAGGAACUUUUAUUUUAGUUUAGUCACUGUUAAUUUUUUUUUUGUCUGUUGCAUGACCAAGAGAUAACAUUAUCCAGAGACAUCAUAGGCAGAGGCCACGAGAGAGAAUAUGGCAAGAAGCUCUCCAAUUCCAGAUUAUGGAGCUUUUGUUGAGAAAUUCACUCUAUUGCCCAAACCCAAACCUGGUUCUUCUCAUCGACUUGCUUUAACUGGCCUUACCUUUGCUGUCAAAGACAUAUUUGAUGUAGAGGGUUAUGUGACUGGUUUUGGAAAUCCCGACUGGGAAAGAACACAUUCGGUAGCAAAAUCGACUGCAGAGGCUGUUCGGUUAAUGCUCGAGUCCGGGGCCACUUGUGUCGGUAAAACUGUCAUGGAUGAAAUGGCUUACAGCAUAAAUGGUGAAAAUGUGCAUUAUGGGACACCAACAAAUCCGUGUGCAGUAGAUCGUGUGCCGGGUGGCUCCUCAAGUGGAUCUGCAGUUGCAGUUGGUGCAAUGCUUGCCGAUUUCUCUUUAGGUACUGACACUGGAGGAAGCGUAAGAGUUCCGGCAUCAUACUGUGGAAUUCUCGGUUUUCGCCCAUCUCACGGAAGUGUCUCGACUGAUGGAGUUAUUCCUAUGGCACAGAGUUUUGAUACUGUUGGGUGGUUUGCAAGAGAUCCAUCGAUAUUGAAGCAAGUCGGCAAAAUUCUAUUGCGGUUACAGGAUAUUACUCCACCUGCUAAACUCGGUCAGCUUAUUAUCGCGCAAGAUUGUUUUAAUCUUCUAAGCAUUCCUCCCCAACCAUUCAUAGACAUUCUCGUUGCCUCAGUCGAGAAAAUAUAUGGAAGUGAGAAAAUACAGUUUACGAAUCUGGGGGAGUUUGUCGAGACCAAAGUCCCGAGUCUUAAGCAUUUUAUGGGUGAUUUUACCAAACGAGAAGACAACAAUGUACCGUCCCUAACAGCACUUUCUACCGCCAUGCGAUUACUUCAAAGGUACGAGUUCAAGAACAAUCACGGUGAAUGGGUUCGUACAGUGAAGCCCAAUUUAGGCCCAGGAAUAUCCGAACGAGUACAGGAAGCACUUAAAACAACAGAUGAAAACACAGAUAUAUGCUAUUUGUUGAGGAAUGAGCUUCGUGCGGCUCUCAGUGAUCUAUUGGGGGAUUUUGGCAUCCUAGCUUUGCCUAUAGUUCCAGGGCAUCCACCAAAGCUGCAAACUAAUCCGAUAUCUUUGGAAGACUUUCGUGCCAAAGCCUUUAGUUUGUUAUCUGUAGCUGGUGUCUCUGGAUUUUGCCAGGUGAGCAUACCACUUGGAAUGCAAGAUGGGCUCCCGGUUUCGAUUUCUUUGAUGGCAAAACAUGGCUCGGAUGGAUUCUUGCUCGGUUUUGUAGAGGCUCUUUAUACAACACUCAAGGACCAGAGCACAUUUUCUUAAGGUUUUGCACUUGUAAAUUAGUACCAUAAUUAGUUUCAUUGACCAUGAGCUUUGCUAUGUAUAAAAGGUUCUCAGCCGAUUGCUUUUUGUUACAAUAUUUCAAACUAAACUGUAUUUAAAUGGCAAUCAAAUAAAAAGGGAUCAUAUGUCAAAAAGGAAAGUCAGUUGCAAUGUAAAUCCAUGUUAACACAUUGUGUUUGAACUGCUGGUCUAGACUAGCUAGAGUGUUGUAAAUUGUAAUAGAUUGGCUAGAAUAUCCAACAGUGUUAUUUAUGUUGAGUCAAUGUUAUUAUUUGAGAG